GAUGACGUCUGUAUUAGAUUAAUUCUAAACAAUUACACUUUUAGCACAGGAUGAUAAAUGCCUUGUUUUAACCGAAGUGAAAAACUGAUGAAAAAGUGAAAUGCAAGCGUAUUGAUUUUCUAAGUGAACAGGCCUUUAAGUUAGCAAAUUUUAGACGUCUUGUCUUUCGCCAUCGUGGACUCACCUGUGGUGAUAAAUGGGCUAAUCUCUCAACGUUGAAUUGUCAGUUUCAACAAACUUUCCUCAACACUCUCCCAUUUGAAACUCUCCGAAAAUGACUGGUCGUGCCCGAGCAAGAUCGAGAGGCCGAGCACGGGGUCAAGAGACGGCGGCGCCUGGAGCGAGCCAGGCUCGAGAUCCUGUGCCAGCAGCUCCCCCACCCACAGAGGGAGAGCUUGUUGGUCGAGGGAGGCAGAAAGGUGCUCCGGGACCAUUUUCUGCAGAAGCUGUUCUGCAGAUUUCUGCUGGAUUUCAGCAGGUGAAGCUCGGAGAAAGAGGUGGACGCCGCAGGGAUUUUCAUGAUUCGGGGGUUAACACCAGGCAGGCCAUGGAGCAUGUUAAGGACUCAAAGACUGGAAGUAGUGGUAGUCCCAUUCAUUUGACUGCAAACUACUUUCGCAUCCUGUCACGCCCUCAGUGGGUUCUGUAUCAGUACCACGUUGACUACAAACCACCAAUGGAGUCUCGUCGCCUGAGAUCCGCUCUCCUCUUCCAGCACGAGGAAGCACUUGGCUCAGCGCGGAGCUUUGAUGGGGCUCUGCUUUUUCUGCCCCACAGAUUGCACAGCAAGGAGACUGUACUCCACAGCGAGACAAGGAAUGGAGAAAAGGUUCAGAUAACAGUCACCCUGACAAAUGAGCUGCCACCCACAUCUCCAGUCUGCAUUCAGUUUUACAACAUCAUAUUCAGAAGGAUCUUGAGAAUCCUCAACAUGCAGCAGAUUGGACGCAACUACUACAACCCUGAUUAUGCAUUCAACAUUCCACAGCACAAGCUGACGAUCUGGCCAGGCUACACCACCGCCAUCUUGCACUACGAGCAUUCCAUCAUGCUGAGUAUUGAUGUGAGCCACAGGGUGUUGCGCAGUGAGACAGUCCUCGACUUUAUGGGCAGCCUGAGGCAACAGUGUGGAAACCAACGCUUCCCCGAGAUCUGCACUAAGGAGCUCAUUGGACUGAUAGUCCUCACCAAGUACAACAACAAAACCUACAGGAUUGAUGAUAUUGCCUGGGAUCACAGUCCCAACAACACAUUUAAGAGGGGAGACUCUGACAUCUCCUUUAAGAACUAUUACAAGUCUCAAUACAACCUGGAAAUCACUGAUGGGAACCAGGUGCUGCUUGUCAGUCAUGUGAAGAGGCUGGGUCCUGCUGGAGCUCCUCCUCCUGGCCCAGCCAUGCUCAUCCCAGAGCUGUGUUACCUGACAGGCUUGACUGACAAGAUGCGAGCUGACUUCACCAUAAUGAAGGACUUGAGCGGCCACACCAAAUUGACCCCAGCGCAGAGGGAGGAACGCCUUAACAAAUUUGUCAUGAACAUACAGAAGAAUACUGACGCACAGGCGGAAUUGGAUAAGUGGGGACUCAACUUUGAUAAGAUGCUCCUCAAUCUGAAUGGCAGAGUCCUCCCAGCAGAGAAAAUUUUCCAGGGAUCAAGAUCGUAUAUGUACGACCCCUGGACAGCUGAGUGGGCAAAAGAGAUGCGUGGGAUGUCUCUGAUCAGUGCUCCACCACUGGAUAACUGGAUCAUCUUUCACACCCGACGCAAUGGAAAUGAAGCUCAGUCCCUCCUGCAGACCCUGCAAAGAGUCUCAUCUCCACUCGGUAUCCACAUAAAAAGACCCGUCAUGGUGCAGUAUGAGGAUCAGCAGGAGUCUCUCCUUAGAGCCCUGCAGCAGAAUGUUGGACCCCAAAUGCAGAUGGUUGUUGUGGUCCUGCCCAACAACAGGAAAGACAAGUACGACAGCAUCAAGAAAUACCUCUGUGUGGACUGCCCCGUUUCCAGCCAGUGUGUGGUGAGCCGUACUCUGAGCCGGCCUCAUACACUCAUGACUGUGGCAACCAAGAUUGCAAUGCAGAUGGCUUGCAAGAUGGGAGGAGAGCUCUGGACUGUGGAAAUCCCUCUCAAACAUCUGAUGAUUGUCGGCAUUGACUGCUAUCAUGACACGACUGCUGGGAAAAGGUCGAUCGGAGCUCUGGUGGCCAGCCUCAACCAGAGCAUGAGCAGGUGGUUCUCAAAGUGUGUGCUGCAGCACAAAGGCCAGGAAAUCAUGGAUGGAUUGAAGAUGGCCUUAAGUGCUGCACUGAGGGACUAUCUGAAGUUCAACAACUGUCUGCCUUCACGCAUCAUUGUGUACCGUGACGGAGUUGGAGAUGGGCAGCUGCACAGUGUGGUCAACUACGAGGUCACGCAGAUCAUGGACUCCAUCAAGUCCAUGGGUCACGACUACAUGCCCAAGCUGAGUGUGGUGGUGGUGAAGAAACGCAUCAGCAGCAGGUUCUUUGCCCGUAUCGAAGGCAACACUACCAACCCACCUCCAGGCACUGUCAUUGACUCCGAUGUCACCCGCCCAGAGUGGUAUGACUUCUACAUUGUGAGUCAGGCUGUCCGCGUUGGAAGCGUCUCCCCAACUCACUACAACGUUGUGUAUGACACCAGCGGAUUGAAGCCUGAUCACAUGCAGCGACUCACCUACAAGCUGUGCCACAUGUACUACAACUGGCAGGGGAUCAUCCGCGUGCCCGCUCCCUGCCAGUACGCCCACAAGUUGGCUUUCCUCGUGGGUCAGAAUAUCCACAGGGAGCCCAAUGUGCUCCUGGAUGACUUGCUCUUCUACCUAUAAGGAUACAAGAUGAUCAGUUUGUUUGGCUCUGACUCUGAAGUUUCCUUGUAAAGAACUGGUCGUAUGUAAGCCUUUGUUUGAGAUGUUCACUCUAGUAAGUACAUUUUAAGUUUAGUUUGAUGUUAAGAGUUUGUUUGCAUUUCUAGCUUCAGAUUGAGUCAGAUAGCCAUGUGUAUUAAAUUACACAGUUUAAAAGGUUUGUAUUGUACUUUUAAGUCUAAUGUAAAGAAAAGGCCACCAUCCAGAGGUAAAAUGUACAUAUUCUGUAUGCUGAAGUAAUCAAUAUGCACCCUGUCUGCUGUUGGAAAUUUGAAGUGGAUGACGCUCGGAGUGACAUGUCACUUGAUCCAAGAGUUAAUCCAAGCAGAAAUAUUUCAAGAAGUCCAUGUUAUGUAUUCAGUAAGUACUUGAUUGAAAAAGUAAGAUGUUGGAUUCUGGCUUUUCAGUAAGAAAUAUCUAGGAAAAGCUUUGUUUUGUUUUUUGGUAAUUUGUAUUAUUCAGGAAGGAACCUAAAAUGUUUGUUUACCUUUUUGAUACACCAGUGAGCCUCCAGUUUUGUUGCUGUAAAAAUGUCUCAGUUUAAUACUCAUGGGUCAACAUCUUUGUCCUGUUAUUGGUGUGAUGCAAAUGGUUCUAAUAUUUGUUUGUAUGGUACGUUCAAGAUCUGGUGUUUAUGUUGAAUAACAUGCAAACAUUACAAAAUAUCAAAUUUA